UGAAUUCAUUGAUAUUUAUAUUCUGCGAUUAUUAAUAAAUAUCUCAUCGGCGGUCUCACCACAUUUGGUUGAUUCAAAAGUCUCCAAACCCUUUGGAAUCUUCAAGUUGUUCUUCAUCAAUUCCACAAACCCAGAAACAAUCUUUCUUCCACAGAGAUAACCCACUAAUCAAUUUCUCUCCUUUUCCAAUUCACUCAGGUAAAGGAACAAUCUUUCUAUCAUAAACUCCAUUGUUGAUGAAACCCUCGAUGUUGGUUGAUUCAAUUCUGUGUAAAUUGCUUUUGAAUUGUGUUAUACUUUGAGUUUUACAAGUAAAGCUUGAUCCUUUCGUAGUGGGUAAUCUCAUUCUCGAGCUAAACGUGAGACCCUUUUGUUCCAUGGUGUUCUCGUUUUGUAUAAAACUGUUUACCCCAAUUUCCGAUUUCUUUAAUACUUUAAUUUGAUUCUCUCUUUUGGAUUUUGGUAUAUAAAGUGCAGCUAACUUUCUGUACCUAAGGAUUUGACUGGUUGUUGCUUCAAGCUUUGAUUCGUCUGUGUACAGCAUUUGCCAGGAGAGCCAUUAGCAUCACUAUGGUUGAAUAAAUGUAUAAGAAUAGUGAAAUUCUUUGAGUGUGUAUAGAUGUUCUUUUGUGGAGUUUGAUCCAUAUGUAGGUGGUUUGUUGCUGCAGCUGAUUGUGUGGGUUUAGGCAGUGAGAGCUGUUUAGUUGAAUUCAGUUUUUAAAGGUGAUGGCUAGUAAUGUAUUUGAUCAUCCACUUCAAGAAUUAGAGGGUGAAGAUAAUGGUGUAAAGAGCGAGAAAGCGAGUUUAUUGGAAACAUCUGGUUCUGUAGAUACUACUCCUGAGGAUUCUGGUCAUCGUUCUUCUGAUGGGCAUAGGGGACUAGACCACUGUGAAACUGCACCUGUUGGUCUCUAUGGAGAUAUGCUUAUCAAUGACAGUGAGAUUCAGUACUCUCGGUCCUUGACAGAGAAAGGGUCUCCUGCGAUUCAUAAUCUUAAAUUAGAUAGAUUGUCGGAGCAAGAAAAGCAAAAACUCAUUGUUGAGCUAGUCAGAAUACAAAAUGACGGGACAGUGGAAGUUAUAGAUAACGGUACUCCGGUGUCGGAGUUAUGGGAGUUUGAGCCAACGAAAGGGCAGUCCACAAUCACAUAUGAAAAGUCCUUAACUGAGUCCUUUAGAUCCAUUCCAAGGUUAAAAAUUGCUAUACUUGUGGUUGGAACUCGAGGCGAUGUGCAGCCUUUUCUGGCCAUGGCAAAGCGCCUCCAGGAGUUUGGUCAUCGUGUUAGGUUGGCAACUCAUGCAAAUUUCCGCUCUUUUGUACGGGCUGCUGGAGUAGAGUUUUAUCCCUUGGGCGGUGAUCCCCGAGAGUUAGCUGCCUAUAUGGCUAGAAAUAAAGGUCUCAUUCCCUCUGGGCCUUCAGAAAUAUCAAAACAGAGAAAACAGUUGAAGGCAAUUAUAGAGUCUCUUCUUCCGGCAUGCAUAGAGCCUGAUUUGGAAACUGCUACGUCUUUCAGAGCUCAAGCGAUAAUUGCAAAUCCUCCUGCAUAUGGACAUGUGCAUGUUGCUGAAGCUCUUGGAGUACCAAUUCAUAUUUUUUUCACAAUGCCUUGGACGCCAACCAAUGAAUUUCCCCACCCGUUGGCGCGUGUUCCUCAAAGUGCUGCAUAUUGGCUGUCAUAUAUAGUUGUUGAUCUGAUGGUAUGGUGGAGCAUAAGGACAUAUAUAAAUGAUUUUAGGAAGAGAAAGCUAAACCUUGCACCUAUCGCAUAUUUUAGCACAUACCAUGGCUCAAUUUCGCACUUGCCUACUGGUUACAUGUGGAGUCCCCAUGUUGUGCCAAAACCAAGUGAUUGGGGUCCUUUAGUUGAUGUUGUUGGCUACUGUUUCCUGAACCUUGGAUCGAAGUACCAGCCUCGCGAAGAGUUUCUCCACUGGAUAGAAAGAGGAUCACCGCCCGUAUAUAUUGGUUUUGGAAGCAUGCCUCUUGAUGAUCCAAAACAAACAAUGGACAUUAUACUGGAAACAUUGAAAGAUACAGAACAGAGAGGGAUAGUUGAUCGAGGUUGGGGUGGCCUUGGAAACCUUGCUACUGAAGUUCCUGAAAAUGUAUUCUUAGUGGAGGACUGUCCUCACGAUUGGUUGUUUCCUCAAUGUUCAGCUGUGGUUCAUCAUGGCGGUGCUGGAACCACAGCGACUGGACUAAAAGCUGGGUGUCCAACAACGAUCGUGCCAUUCUUUGGGGAUCAGUUCUUCUGGGGUGACAGGAUCUAUGAGAAAGGACUUGGGCCUGCGCCAAUACCGAUAGCUCAGCUCAGUGUUGAGAACCUCAGUAGCUCCAUAAGAUUCAUGCUACAACCAGAGGUGAAAUCACAAGUGAUGGAGCUAGCGAAAGUACUGGAGAACGAGGAUGGUGUAGCUGCAGCAGUUGAUGCAUUCCACAGGCAUUUGCCACCAGAGCUGCCACUGCCCGAGUCCUCGUCCGAGAAAAAAGAUGAAGAUGAUCGACCAGACCUGUUACAGUGGUUCUUUAUUCAGAUUGGCAAGAAGUGUUGUCUUCCAUGUGGUGGCGUGUGAUAUCAAAGUUCCUUAGUCGUGUGUUUAAGUUGCAUAAUCUAUGUCUCUGCAACUCAAUUCAUUUCAUUCAAUGGUCAGGAAUAUAAUUAGAUUUCUUUUGCACAGUUGCAUAAAAUGGAUGUAAUAAAAUUAUUGUUAUGGGUUUGUUCAUCUUUAUAAGUUUGUGGUCCAAUGAGAAUGACUUUGAAGGAUGAUUAAUAAAAUUCAAAACUAUAUUUAUUCAAGAGCUUGUUACAAAGCUA